AUGUUCUCCCAGAUCCUCAAGACUGUAGCUGUCCUAGCCGUGCCCACGGCAGCACAGCAGGGCUAUUACUUUGUUCUUGGAAGUGGCAUGCCUCUAACCAUUGAGAGACUUGAUCCUCUUCUCAGCCCAGGCAAGGCAUUAUCACAGCAUGUCCAUAGUGUCGUUGGAGGCAAUGGUUUUGCCUCAACUAUGGACUUUGCGCAGACCCAGACGUCCACCUGCUCCACAGUCCAGCCAAUUGCAGACAAGUCAAAUUAUUGGAUGCCGAACCUUUAUUUCCAAGAUCCUAGUAAUGGGUCGUUCAUCCGCGUGCCUGAACAGCCCUAUCAUAAAAUAUAUUACAAAUAUGGCACGGGUGCUAACACGUACGACACCGAUAUCCAAGAGUUCCCUGAAGAGUUUCGAAUGAUAGCCGGUGACGCAACACUUCGUGCUGAAAACGCAACGUCCAUGGGACCAUACGGCAGUGAACUAGGAUGGUUUUGUCACGGAAACGGGACCUCAGAAUAUCCCGAUAUAAGCACGGUGGGUUUCCCGACUGGCUUCAUCGGCUGCCCAAAUGGCCUGGCAGCCGCAAUUACUAUGCCCUCAUGCUGGAAUGGGCAACCAUUCAACGUUUCCAAUCCCAGCGCCCAUAUGGCAUAUCCUGUCGCAGAUUAUAUUGAUGGAUGCCCGGAAACCCAUCGAGUAGCCCGCUUCCCCCAGAUCUUUGUCGAAUACUGGCUCAAUAUCAAUUCAUUUGAUGGACUUUACACAGCUGAGGAUAGUCCAUUUAUGCUCGCCAUGGGAGAUAAGACAGGAUUCGGAUUCCACGUGGAUUUCAUAAACGGAUGGGAACCCGGUGUGUUGAAUGCGACUAUGCCGACCUGUACGCCAGGAAAUACUGGUGUUCCACCCUUAUCUGACCCAACAUGUUUCGGUAAUCGAGGAGGUAUAUUCACAGAUGAGCAGAUGGCUGCCUGUAUGAUGCAACCCACUACAGGUGAGGAUAGCGGUUGGACAUAUCCCGAUUUGGAUAAUCCGGUUGGGGGUGUUUUGACUUAUGGUGGAGUUCUUUCGGCCCUGCCAGGAUGCCAGACUAUUACUACAGGCCCUGACCGUGCGGUGUUGACGACCUGCGAAAGUACUGUUCCCACUGUCAAUGGAUAG